CCACCAUGUUUCUUGCACUGUUGAUUCUGGGCCUUUCUGCCCUUAUUGCUCCUUCUGCCAGUCAAAGUUGCUAUGGUGAUAUAACUAGCCUUCAAACUCCGGUAAUAUCCUGUGGACCGGUAAAAACUAUAGGCUGUGGUGUUUCUGCUUCGGAAAAAAUUGCUGAAAUUGACAUAAUACAUCUAAGGUCAUAUAGAACCAUUAUUAGGAGAGUUGCCAAAAGCCUGUGUUUAGAACCAUCAUUGAUUGCUGCAAUCAUCUCUGUAGGGAGUCGUGUCGGUCAUCUACUAGAGAAUGGCUGGGACCAUCAGAGAGUUAGGUUUGGCUUGAUGCAGAUUGACAGAAGAUACUAUCCCAUUAGGGGAACAUGGAACAGUGAAGAACAUAUAAUUCAAGGAUCAACUAUUUUAACCAUUGCACUUAAAACUGUGCGGAAAACAUACCCUAGGUGGACCUGGGCACAACAGCUAAGAGGGGCACUUUGUGCCUAUCAUUCGAGGGACUGGAAAAUCCAGGUCUAUGAUGGAAGAGACUAUUGCAGUGGAGGCAAUGAUUAUGUUAAUAAUGUUAUCAUUCGAGCAAAGUAUUUCAAGAGAAUCGGAUUUUAAAUUCUAGGUGGCUUAAAGUUCCCUCUUUUCAGACAAACUAUAAUUCUCAUGAUUAUUAUGACAGAUGAGGAAAAAAUAAAUGCUUAAUAUACUAAUUGAAUAGUGACUGUAACUUCAAAAUUAAUUUUGCUGGGGGGUGUCCCAACAGUUGUGAAAUUGGAGUCACAUGUAAGUUAACUCCUCCUGCAACCUCACCCCAUUUAGUACCUCUUCUCAGUUUCUACUUUUCUUACUGCUAGGGUUGCAAAGGUAGCAGGCUGUAUUGUGCAGGAGGGAAUCUAAGACCUCAAUGCCUUUAUUUAAAAAAGUACAGCCAGCAAAUCUUAAUCUGCCAAGUGGCAGAGGAAUCCUCAUAUUCUUCUAUGCAGAGGAAAGUUAGGGGCAGUUCAUACAGCAUCCAGAGAGGAGAUGACAGGUGGUCUCCCUAUGUAUUUGUUAUAGUAGCCUUUUCCAUUCUCUCCCUAGUCAAAAGGGAAAAAGACCUCUUUGUCUCCAUAGGCUUCUUUCCUCUAGCUUAUUCCUACUAGAGAUAAAAAGCUUCUCUCUGGCUCCUCAGUACCUGUAAGGAACUUUAGUAGGCCAUUAUUAACUAAAGAGCAUCCUGCUAAGACAUCAAAGGACACACUAAUCCUCAGUUCAUGGUAUCCUCAACUUUCUUAUGAACCACAAACUCCACCCAGUGGCAGAUUUAGUCAGUUCCAACAAGUCAAAAUGAGCUGCACAGGGUCACAUCCAAAAGGGAAACUCUCUGGAGAGCACAAAAGGCACACAGAGUCAGUCCCUCUGGAGUAUAAAAAAUAAGAAAGCCAUUAAGAGCAGAAAAGGGCCCUACUUUUUGAUGAUCUUCCUAUGACUUGCAUAAUAAUGGCACUGCCUACUAAUAUAACCCUAACAUUUUUUCUGCCUUAGCUUUGGUGCAAUUAACAUGGUGCUUUCCAGAUUUUAAUCAUGAGCAGAUUGCCACACCUACCCUCCAUAAUGUCAUUCUUAAUAGGAAAGUUAAUUAACUAGUGAAAACUUCAUUUGAAAAUGUAUUUUCUUAGUGUGACUGGAUGUGGGUAUAUCAAUUUACUAAGAAACUGAAUAGAAGGAAAUUGUGUAUUAAAAUGUUUCAGCAUAUAAAAAUGGACUAAAAAAGGUCUGUGUUUGUAUGCAAGAAAAUACAGUGUUAACCAAUCCCCAAAAGCUUUGGCCUUAUUGACAUUUUAAAAAUUAUUGAAAAGUACACUUUUUUCAAAGUCUUGUAAUAAAAUGUUAAUGCUGAGCCUAAGUUAUUUGACCAUGGGUGAAUUUCUAGUCUCACUGAAGUCAAUGGGGUUUUGCUGUUUAUGUCAAUGGAGCCAGGAGUUCACUUUGUGAAUGUGAACAAAUGAAACAUUUACUAUGGAGUAAAUUGACUUGACUUGUAUUACAUGUCCACACGCUUUAUUUCUGAAAGAGGGGCAUUUUAUAAAAAUCAGACAGAUCACAGAAUCUUUACUAGGCCUGGUGGAGAGUAUAUACUGUUAUGGGUUCUUCUAGUCCAUUACAUAUUGUCUUGGCACUAAUGUUUGAGACGAUAGGGAUCCACGGUUCUCCAAUUUGGGAUGGACCCAGGCUUUUAUGCAAGAUGCUCAUGCCAUGGCGCUUAAAUCACUUUCACUUCAACAAAGCAACUUA